AUGUCCGGUUUGCAGAAGAAAGUCACUAACUUCUUCGGGACGGGAAGCCGAAAGUCAAAAGAAAAUGAAAGCCGACAAUCGACGAAGAGCCGAUCAAAUGCUGCACGACGAGUCACCGCCUCUCGCCCCAAAAAGUCAUCGAGAUCUGCUGCUCGCCGUCCGCCAAAUGUCCACUCGAAGGGUCGACCCAAGACAAAAACCGGCUGGGGUGCCAGCACUUCGAAAGGUCCUCAGGGUAGCUCUCGUUUCGACAAGGCAAAAGUUGUGAAGGUGCAUCGCCCCAGCUCGCAAUCAAAAAGCUCAAAGAAAGGACCUCAUUCGCGAAGCAACAGUCAAAAGUGCGACGUUUCAAAGGGUGCUCUUUCUAAACCACAAGGUUCUGGCUCAAAGCCCCGCUCUCACUCCAAGCAGCAAAACUCAUGCACAAAGAAAUUGGAAAACGUAAGGCGAAGCCGUUUGACGGCGAUCGGAGUGUCGACUCAAAAGCAACCGAAUGAUGUGCGUACUUCGGACAAUGCUGAACGUGGAGCUGAUGCAAAAUUGACUAGCUCGGGUCGUUACCAGAAGCUUGUCAUGUGGUGCACAAAGCUUGGCGUUUUCGUGACGAUGCUCGGUCAACUUGGCUUCAUCAUCUACAUUUUUGUGAUUGAUAUCUUGAGGGAUGAGGUCCCCACAUCGACUGGCUUGGUGUUAUCGCUGAUUCAUUUGAUGAUCAUCUUUCUUUCAUCGAAAGUCAUCUUUGAUGCUACAAAGAGUUUGUGUCUCUUCACGUGUCUCGCAGAUCUAUUCGCCAUUCUCACUUCGUUCAUAUACAUUGCUAUCACGGAGAGCUCCAACAACUAUUUGAGGGGAAAUUUAACGGUCGCCAAGGUUCUGCGCCAAGCCGUUUUCACCACUGCCGAAUCGUGUCUUCUUUUGAUGUUCAACCUGUGCAUGGUACUGACGCUCUACACAGAGAUUCGUGCGACCAGCUCGACCCAGAUUGGAGUUGCGGUGAUAAACAUGGACUUAGAGAGUGCCGAUCAAGAACGGGAAAAACGUGCUGAUUUGGAGAAAGCAAGCUUGACAAAAAAGGUUGGUGCUUUUGUGCCGUUCUUGCAAAUGAUUCGUCAAAAAAAGAGUGCAUCGGUUGGGGGACAUGAGAGACCAUUGAAGAGACAGGGGAAAAUGGUGACGCUGGUACCGAUCAAGACUCUACAACAAACACCAAAAUGUGCAACAACUGAUCGAUCAAUUGCCUUCUUGAAGUCUGAAAAAUCUUCAGCAAGCACCGCACCACCACCUCAGCCCACUCCAGGAAAAGAAAUCUCAGCCACUGUCCCUGCAUCAGUUCUCCCUGGAAGCGAGAAAUCGACAACGUCGCGGAAGCCCUCUCCACCAAAAUUGACGCUUCCCCCUACUUCAAGCAAGCAAACGCCCGAAAAGCCACGUAUUUUGGCUCAAAAUGUUCAUAAUGCCGUUUCGCUCGACAUGGCCGUGCCACCACAUACUACAAUAUCAACCAUGACCACCCCUGGAGGUCCUCUUGGAUCCGUUCAAGCGGCCAAGCUGGCCAAUGAAACCCCGGUAGUGGUGACGGCAACUCCCCAACAAGCAACGAACAUUCCUGAAAAGCCCAUUGCUUCGACUAUUACAGCAAACGUUACUGGCACGCCGAUUGCACAGAACAUGGUUACUCCUGCAGCUGACCCUUCGCUUGUUGCCGCCAAUUCAGCUCGUCCUCCCAGCUUCGCUUCUGGCGCAACUCAGAUGCGAUAUCUCUACGAGGAAAAGCGAAAGGCAAAUCAA